AUGAAUUUUCUCCAUUUCUUCAGGGUCCCUCUGCACAAAGGGAAGUCACUGAGGAGCGCCCUGAGGGAACGGGGACUGCUAGACAGCUUUCUGAGGAGAUACCAAUAUACAUUCAGUGAGAAGUACUCUGACUCCGGGAAGGUGGCCAGCGAGCGACUGACCAACUACCUAGAUAACGAAUACUUUGGGACCAUCUACAUCGGGACCCCUCCCCAAGAGUUCACUGUGGUGUUCGACACGGGCUCGGCAGACCUCUGGGUGCCCUCUGUCUACUGCAGCAGUGAAGCCUGCCAAAAUCACCACCGUUUCAAUCCCUCCAAGUCCUCCACCUUCCAGAACCUGAGCAAGCCCCUGUUCAUCCAAUACGGCACAGGCAGUGUGCAUGGCUUUCUGGGUGAAGACACUGUCACCGUCUCUGACAUUGUGGACCCCUACCAGACUGUGGGGAUGAGCACCCAGGAACCUGAUGACAUCUUCACCUACUCCCAGUUCGAUGGGAUCUUGGGCCUGGCCUACCCCUUCCUUGCUUCCGAGUACUCAGUGCCUGUGUUUGACAACAUGAUGAAGAGGCACCUGGUAGCCCAAGACUUGUUCUCCAUUUACAUGAGCAGGAAUGAGCAGGGGAGCAUGCUUACACUGGGGGCCAUCGACCAGUCCUACUACACAGGCUCUCUGCACUGGGUACCUGUGACCAAGCAGCAAUACUGGCAGUUUACUAUGGACAGUGUCACCAUUAAUGGUGUGGUGGUGGGUUGUGAUGGCGGCUGCCAGGCUGUCCUGGACACAGGCACCUCCCUGCUGGCUGGGCCCAGUCAAGAUAUUCUCACUAUUCAGAAGGUCAUUGGAGCCAUUCAGGGCCAGUACGGCCAGUUUGACAUCGACUGCUGGAGGCUGAGCAUCAUGCCCACGGUUGUCUUUGAGAUCCAUGGCAGAAAGUACCCAUUGCCACCCUCUGCCUACACCAUGCAGGACCAGGGCUUCUGCUCCAGCGGCUUCCAGACUAACAGCAAUUCCCAGCUGUGGAUCCUGGGGGACGUUUUUAUCCGGGAGUAUUACAGUGUCUUUGAUAGGGUCAACAACCGUGUUGGGUUGGCCAAGACUAUCUGA